AUGCGGCAAAUGAAAUAUCCUUCGAAUGUUAAGACAAACGCUGAUGAUAAUGAGAGACAAGAACGCAGAGGACAUUCAAUGUUUACGAUUUCCAAUACAAGUUUGAACGACAUCAUUAACGAUGAGGUAACGUAUGCGACUGUUUUCAACAUGGACAUUGUGAAGGCAGUUACGCAACUGAGGAAGAAAAUUCAAACUUUUGGAAAAAUUAUAAGCAAAUUGAGUGGAGCCGCCAGCGAGCCAAGUCAUUUGAAUCAUUCACCAACACUAACACCACCACCAUCACCACCGCCACCAACCCCCAAACAUCACCACCGUCAUAAUCAACUCGCCACCAAAGCGUAUAAACAACGUCACCACCACCACCAACAACAACAACAUUUACAACAGCAGCUAUACCAUUCACUCUUCUAG